GGAGCAGAGUUAGCGGAAGUGGUAAAAUGAUGAAUGUUUUAGGGCUGAGUCUAGUGGUGAGUUCGCUGGCAGCAGCGGGCGUAUUCUCUCCGAAUCCCAGUAGAGAGAAGCAAGGAGAAGGAGGCAAUACCAUCGUGAAAGAAGGCCACAGAGUAGUGGUUGUUGAAUACGACCAAGGUGGCCAACACAACACCAAGAUCUCAUACUCCUCCCAACCCCAACAUGACGCAUCCGCCAUCCCAACUCCCUUUCCCAAAGACCUCCUUUGUAAGCACAAAAUCGCCCAUGCCCUCCACAAGAAGAAGGAAGCACUUUCCGAUGCGCUUGGGAAGACCAAUGAAUACGUCCAAACCAUAAAGGACCACGUGGCUAGCAACGUCUCAGAGGCCAGGGAGACAAUACGAUCCCUUGGCCCGGAGACCUUCAAUUCUUUCAUGGGCCUGCCUAAUUUGUUGGGCUUUGCAACGGCCUAUGGAAUGUGUGUCUGGGUUACUUUUAUCUCCAGCUACGUCCAGUCUAGGGCUAUGCCCAGGCAACACUUUGCAGUGCUGCAAAGUAAAAUAUACCCCGUUUAUUUCAGGGCCAUGACUUAUAGCAUCGCGCUAGCUUUGUUGGGCCAUGUCUUGGGCCACCGAAACAGCCUUCUUUCCAACAACGCUGACAUGUUGCAACUAUAUAAUCUCCUCGCCUCGCUUCUCACACUCUUGCUCAAUUCCUUUUACUUGGAGCCUCGGGCCACCAAGUUGAUGUUCGAAAGGAUAAAGAUAGAAAAAGAGGAGGGAAGAGGCAUGAGUGGCAGUGGCAGUGGCACCGGCACCGCAGAGCAGGAUGCAGUCAGAUCAAGGAUAAUCAAGCUCAAUGACAAGCUAAAGAAAUUCAACUCAUAUUCCUCACUUCUCAAUAUCAUCAAUCUCAUGUCUCUUACUUGGCAUCUCGUUUAUUUGGCUCAACGACUUCACCAUACUUGCUAAACCCAAUAACUUUUCCACUAGUAUCAUAUUUUCACUCUCUAGGUUUCUAACUUUGCAUACAGUAGGUUUAUCAAUCGUGUUUUCCACUCCUUGUAAUCAACUAUAUUUAAUUUGUGUCAGCUUAGCUUCUGUAAAACUCUUAUUAAAUCUCA